CCAAGGGUAGCCCACUCAGGUCAAACUAAAUCUAGAAGAGAAAGAGAGAAAGGCAGAAAGAUAGCCAUAAAGAGUAGUGAUGAAUGAGGGAUGAGGAAGAGAGAAGAGAUGGAGGGAAAAGAGAGGCAGAUGGAGAGGAGAAGUUGGUCUCUUUGCAGCUCCAAAGCUCUUAAAGCCCCGGAGCUGUGUGGAGUGCAAAUGGGAGGGAGAAAGAAAGAGAGAGAGAGAGGAAGAGAAGUAGAGAGGGAGAGAGAGCGUGAGGUGGAGGGAGGCUGAAAUGAGGAGAAGGAAAGCUAGAAGGGAGAGAGAGUGAAAGGGAGAGGAGGAGGAGGAGGGUUUGCGUUGGUGUGUUGGUUGGCAGAGAGAGCGCUUGUCAAAAAAACCUUCCACUGACAGAAGGCAUGAUUCACGACGGAGAGAGAGGGAGAGAAGGGGGGAGAGGCAGGGAGAGGGAGACAAGCGACAGAAAAAGAGAAAAACGGCAGAGAUAAAGAAAGACAGAGUGAGAGAGAGAGAGAGAGACGACAGGGGCAGAGAUGCCAGUAAGAAAAACAAAUGAGGAUGCUGAUUUGAAGCAGAAUGGUAACACUCUACCAGGAUGGGACUGAGAUCGACGCACUGGAUUGACUGAUGCCUUUUACUGACUGUGACCAUGUUGAUAAGAAAGCGGACGGCAAUCAGCAAACACAGCCAGAAUGAGAGAAGAAGCUUUGACUGGAUUCAAUCCUCUAUCCACUGUACUCGCUCUUUCUGUCGCUCUGUGUCUGACGGACUAAUGCUCUGCUGGAUGAAGAUUUAAUUGGCUCUGAGCAGACAGCCAGAACAAUAAACAGCCAGAAUAAAUACAAAUGCAAUCACGACAGAAGAGAAUGUGAGAGAGGAUGCACUAAAAACAGAAACCUUGUGGACAUAAAAACUGGACAUAUUUUGUCUUUUGUUUGUUUUGUUUUUUCAAAAUUUUACUGGAAUAUUUCCGAAAAUAGGAUUCCAUUUUCAAAUUUCAUUUGGACAUUAUGCUGUUUACACUGUUUUUACGUCAUGGAACAUUUGACAAAAGGCUCUUUAUGCAGGAGUUGCAUACUUUGGUCACAAGAUUCUCCUGACUUCUCCUUAAAAUAGAAGGAAUAUGCUUCAGUAAAGAAGGAUAAAAAAAUGUUGGAUGUGACAUUUCCCCACUGCUUUUGUUUUGCUAUGACCUGUUCAAAACCAGUUCCCAUGCAAUCUGCGCUUUCUGACAGUAAUUUUGCAAGCCAAUUUUUUUCCUAGAUUUAGUAAAACUAAGGACUUCACGAUUCAUUCUUCAAACUUCCCACGUGCCUCCCACCAACCCCUCCCACCGUCAGCCAUCCGACCAAUCAUGGGCAAGCCUCUCAGCCGGCCAGGGUGUUUCAGGAAGAGCUCAUGCUGCCUGGAGAAACAUGGAGCUGGGGAUGGGGGAGUGGGAGGGCGAGAUGGGGGAGUGGAAGGGGGAUAUGGAGAUGGCUACAUACCCCAGCGAUCCAUUUAUGACACCAUGUGCAUCAAUCAGCAGAUUGACAGCCAUCACCACCACCCAGGAGGGUCUAUACGGCGAGACGGUGGAGGAGAAGGGAGUUUUUGCUACUCUGCAAGUGGCUCUCUCAGAGUCAGCCGGUCCCCCGCUGACAUGUUCGAUCCCCCUCGCUCUUUAACUCCAAACCCCUCCUUUGUACGGCGACUGGAUGAAAGAGCCAUCUACGAUUCACUGAAACUCGGUGGUCAGGAUGCAGAUGGUGGUGGCUGCCAUUCACCAGGAUGUUUCCCUCGAUCAGUUUCUCCCUCUGUGUCAUCCUUCUCAGCUCCGGGAGUGUCCUCCUCCUCGUCAAAGAAACACCACCACCACCACCACCAUCACCAUGGAGACAGCACAAAGAGCAGAGAUGGUCGGCAUUCCUGGAAAGUCUUGACACCGCCAAAACACCUGGAGUGUUUAGAGCUGACUACAGCUGAGAUGAUGGAGAGAGGAGGAGGAUAUCUUAACCCAGGGCAUUACCCCACUCCUGGAGGCCAGUCCUCCUCCCUUACCUCCCCACUAAUCUCACCUUUCUCUGGCUCACCCCUCUCCUCAGGUUACCAUACUCCAGUCUUCUUCUCCCCUGCCAAACCUCGCCCCAGUCAGACUCAGAGCUUGCGCUGUUCCCCUCCCCAUGUUAUCCAGCCGAGGCAUUACUCCCAAACCCAGAGCCUGAGGCUGUCACCGCCCCAUGAACUCAGACGGUCGCCCUACCGAGCCCCGCUGGUCCAACUGUCUGCUCACGACCUGGAGCAGGACUUGAGGGAUCGAGGAGGAGGAUGGGGCCGCAGUGAGCGAGAAAGGGAGUGGGAGAGGGAGAGGGAAAGGGAGAUGGAACGAGGGUGGGCCCAGAGAGAAUGGGAAAGAGAGCGGGAGAGAGGACGACUGGAGAGGGAGAGAGCAAGAGAGAGAGAGAGGAGGGAGACAUCGUUUGGAACCUUCGGGUAUGGCCGACCGGUUCCUCUGCGUUCAGACCGAGACUCUGUGUUUUUAGAACCAGAUCAGGGUCUAGACACAACACCCCUGUUACUCCCCCAGCCUUCACCUUCACCCUCCCCCAGUGCUGCCCCCAGAAUGGGCACUGGAGCAGUGGGUAGGAAUAGAGCUGGGUCAAAGGUGGGCCCUGACAGUGGAGGUGGAGGGAUGGUCGCUAAGUACGAUAAUGGGGGUGUAGGGCUGGUGUUGGUUGACAGUAAACAUGGGUGUGGGCCGAGGUUAGUGAGUGAAGUAAGUGUUGGAAACAUGUCAGAGGCUGAAAUCAGGGCUGUAAUACAAGAACAUCAUAGAGCUGAAAACUGGAGCAAAUACGACAAUGGCUCUAGAGUUAGCAUUAAAAAUGUGCCUGAAACUAGAAUGGGCUCCCAGGUGAAAACAAGACCAGGGGGCCGGGAUUUAGAAGGGAAAGUGCAAUCAGGUGUGGAGAUACAAAACAUGGCUCCAGCUAUGAACAAAGAGGGACACAGAGGAAGCACAAAGAGUGGAGAAAAAACUGCAAAAGGUCUGAGUAAGCCAGAACCUAUUGCUGAAGUUACACCUUCAUUUGUGGGUGAGCCUGAGAGUAAGGUUGGGCCUGAAGAUAAAGCUGAGACUGAGGCUAGAUCUGGACCAGUGAUGAAGCCAGAGCUUGACACAGGGGUUGAAGUUAAGGCUAGUUCAAGACAGGACGAGAACAGGACUGAAGCAGAAGCUGAAGUUGUAGCUAAAGUUACGAAUGAGGUUGAUUUAGCAACAGAAUCCAGAGUUGAGGCUAAAGUUGAAACAGAUGUUCAGAUUGUUCCAACAUCUAAGCCUGAGGCAGCACUAGAAGCUGGGGUUGGUAGAGAGACUGGGAAUACGAAUAACAGUGAGACUGGGGUUGUCAGUGAAGCCAAGAACAGCACUAAAACGACAGAGAAAGCUCAAAUAAAUGUUGUGGCUGCAGAUAAAAGUGAUGUUGCCCCUGCAGAUCAAUCUGAGAAAAAGCCUUUGGACAUUGACAAAGUUGAAUCUAGCCGUGUAGAGAAAAGUUCAAGAUCUCACAAGUCCAAAUCAUCGAAAUCCAGCUCCAGGACUCGACCUGGCACAGCCACAGGGCUUCGUCCAGGUGUAGCCAGCCCUCGACAGAGCAGAGGGCUUGUAGACCUUGAAUCCACAGUCCCAGCUGAAGGCAUUGAGUCCACAUGGCCUCGCCGGAUCAUUGUUAGAAAGAGGACUGUUCGUCAGGGAGGGGCACUCCACAACCUCCCUAUUCUCCCCCCUCUCCCUUCUGUCCUUUCAGCGUUGGAGAAGAGGCGUCCACUUGGCCACCUCCACCGGUCAGGACACUUCUCAGAGAACCCAUUAUCAACUGUAGUGAACGCUACAAGCCUUGUGGGACGGUGUUCACUUAAAGAACCCUCUCAUGUAGAACCAGGACAGGGAACCAGUUUGGUGGGUAGGGCUUCCUUAAAGGAGCAGAACUUAGAGCACUGGAGGGUCUGCAGAGAGCAGGAAGAACCCAGGAGAUCCAGAAGCAAAGAAAAGCAAGGAGAGCAGAGUAAGGAGAAGACUGAGAGAGAGGAGAGGAAGAAGAAGGAAGAGAAGAGUGAGGAGAGGAGAGAAGAGAAAGACAAGAAGGAAGAGAAAGUGAUUAAAGAGAAGACUAUUGUUGUUGUGGGGCUGGUGGAAGACACUAAACACGAAAAAGUAGAAAAAAGGGUUGAAGAAAAAGUCCAAGAAAAUGUAAACAAAGACAAAGAAGUGAAGAAAGACAGGAAUAUAGAGAUAAUAACUGAAAAAUUGGAUGACAGAAGUAUGAAGGUGAUGGUUGAGAUACAAGACCAGCAUGGACAAGAGUUUCCGGAGGUGGUGACGACAUUACAGACAGAAGAAGGAGAAAUGGAGGGAGGGGAAGCAGGAACUCCUGGGGAGGAAGGAGGGAUGGAGAGCUGGGAUGAUGUCCUCGAUAUGGUGAACACACUGUGGGACGACGGCUGGGAAAAAGGAGGAGCAGAGGGAGGAGGUGAUACAGAUUCCUUGUCAGGCUCCCUGCAGCGUUGGCCUCUCCUCAGGCCUCCAGUCGGGUUUGGAGGGUCCCAUCCUCCAUCCUCGGCAGCCUCAGAGCUCAGCCUGACGGAGUUGGAAAGAAGAGCCCGGGAGCUGGACUCUGACCUGGAGCACUUAGACCUGUCCCAGCCCCACAGGGACACCCAGGAUCUGUACCAAACCCUGCUGGAGCCACAGAGGGACCGAGCUGACAUGUACCAAACUCACCCUGGACCGCAGAGAGACAAAGCGGUCGUCCUCACAGGAGUGGGCAGCAGAUCGCAGGUCAGUCUGGAGCUCACUGCUAUGGCCUCUCCAGCUACAGACACAGACAGAUCUCCUGCUGAUUGGUCGGUCAAAUCUGCUGGGACUUCUACUGUUGGCACCAGCUCCACUAAAGAGGACAGCUCUCCAGACUCCAAUCUAACGCUCGAGUCCGACUCCAGCGGCGUCUUCCUCUCCUUAUCCAAUCAGAGCCAAGAGGAGGCUGGCUCUGACAGUGACCAGCCAAUCAGUGGCUCCGACCUCGGCAGCAGCAGCACAUCGCUGGAGAAAGACGGGGACGAUGGAGGGCUAAAGGAAUGGGGCAGGGAGGAGAGUUCAGAGCUCCAGUGGUGCUACCCAUCACUCCUCCACACCUCCUCCCACGACGACUUUGAAGGAGAUGGUGAAAGAGAGGAAGGAGACCAUGGGAAGAUGGGAGGAGAUGAGGAGAGAAGGAAAGAUGAGUACGGAAGGAAAGAUGGGAAGAUAGGAGUGGUUUCAGUCAUGAAGUCCCAGCUAGAACGUUCUGUCAUCAAGAGCUCUGUGACUGUAAACGUUCCACAAAGUGAAGAAAUGCCACCCAGGAAAAAAGUGACCCUCAUGGGAGUAGACUCCCCUCUUCCUCUGUCUCCUUCAAAACAAUCAAUCAAACACCUUCUAGAUCCUGAUCAGAAGCCAAUCAGAAGCUCAGGACUAGAUUGCGGUGACAUCGAUCCGUUUGUCCAGUCGGACAGCUUUGUCUACCUUGCUGUGUCUUCUGGAAGAUCUGCCUCCAAGGGGGAAAUCCCCGCAGUGACCGAAGUUUCAGCCCAUGAUGUAAAACCAGACAGCGUUCAGCAACAUACAGAUCCAUACAGUCCAAAAACACAUGUGGGUCUGCCGAACAUGGAGCGGGACACCAAGCCAACCCACCUUACCCCACACAAACCAGAGGAGGGAGAUUUUCUGUGCACUGACAGCUUCGUCUACCUGGCUGCUCCAGCAUGCCUCCUACUGGGCCCUGCAGGAUCUGCACCAUACAGUGGAAAGGAGUCGGAUUCUGAGAGUUCAGGCUCUGGGCCUGUUGACCUGUCAGUACUGGGUUGUGGCUCGGUGGCAGGGGACAGCGACUGGGACUCUGAUCUGUCCGACUCCGAUCCCAGUCGCUCCUCCAGAAUCUCUGCUGUUGGAAGCAAAUCUGCCGGCGUAGCUCGACCCAAGCGGCUGCCGACUGAACCCGACUGGGACCUGUUUGGAGAAGCCACUGAGCCUGAAGUGCUGAGUGAGCUCUUCACAGAACAAGAUAGAAACAACAACGGCAGGGCUGGAAAAGUUGCCGGGGUUACCACCAGCAUGGCAGCAACAUCAGCCAUUCCCACGGCAACCCAACCUGUCACUCCACCAGUGAAGCGAGCAGCGACCGUGGAUCAGACGUCAACCACAAAGAAGGUGACGUGGCAGUUUAAACCAGCCCAGAGGUCCGUUUGCACUGGAAGCAGGAAGGAGAAAGACAGGGAAGGGACAUCUUCAUCAAGGUUCACAGAACUGGGACCGUCCCCUUCAUCUUCGUCAUCGUCAUCAUCGUCACCGUCAUCAUCGUCAUCUGGUUGAGUCCUGAAAGAAAGGGUUGUUUGAACUUUGGGAGAAGCUUUUCAACACCUGAAGCUGAAUUGCAGAAAGGUAGAAAAGAUCUUUAACUUUCUGUAGAACUACAGUUUUAUGCCUGUAAAGUAGAUUUUUGCAUCUAGCUGCUGCCAUUGCCUUCUUUGACCUUGUAAAGGCUGCAUAAAGAGUUGUUGCAUUUUCUUAGAUUAGAAUACAUAAUGUUGUCUGUAGUCACUUUAAGUUUGAGAUGGAGGCUGAGACUCAGGCUUAACAGAAACAGUGACUCCUAAUGGGUUCUAUCAACAGUCAAAUUUUGGAAAACAGGGUGGACGUGUUAGUUAUGUGUUCACAUUAUUCUCUAUCUAAAUAAUAAAUAUGAAUAGUUCUGUUGAAUUUUUAUUCUGUUGAAUGUACUGUACAGGAUAUCUAUACAACUACAGGGAAAGUCCACCCUAAACACAUUUCACAUAUCAGACUUUUUCAGUAACUUGGCUUGGUUGCUUGUAUUUAACAUAAUUAUCUCUUAGAAUUCAGUUACAAUAACAUUUAAAAAGGAUUUUAGUUGGAGAAAAGAGUCGCUGCUGCUCUCCGACGUGGUGUAAUCUGCUUAUAGAUCUAACAAUGUACCUGUGCCUCGGACCGUAUUCCAAAUUACACUUAGUUUCCCUAUACUACCAGAAAAACUAAAACCGACCUUUAGAAAACAGCUGAGGCUGAACAUUACGAUGUAUUUUUAAUCCCCAUCCAAAUUUACAGUGUAUUUAGCAGUGUGUCAAUAAUAUAUUUUGAACAUGGAGAUAAUUACUGAGCGAGAUAUAUAUGUGAUGAAUGUGCAAUCAUGAACGACUAAUGAAAGGAUUUAACACAUUUAAUUUAAAUGUUUUAUUUAUCGAUUAGAUUGAAAUUGUGAAUGUUAUAAUUGAGCAAUAUGCUUACAGAUUCCUGCUAUAUUCUAUGUUUCAUAUGUGGAAAGUGAUGUAUAAUAAUGGCUGAGUUUAAUUAUAUUUAUACAGCCAAACACUGAUUGUAAAUGCAGUCUUACACUCAUUUAGAGGUUUUAUGUGUAACAUUUUUAAUCAUCAGGUAGUUUGGUAAGUGCCAUAAACAAUGAGACCGUUACUGGGAUGAUUGGCAGCCUUUGUCUCACAGCGGGGGUAUUUUUAGUGCUAGAGCUUCUCAGAAUAAAGACUUCUUCUCCCAUAAUCCUCUUUGUGCCCUGUCUGUCAUCACCCCGCCCCUGAAGAGGAUAAACAUGCUGCAGACCAUUUUUGUCCUGUUUGCCUCUAACUCCCCUCCAUUUGUCACGGUGAGAAAAUUAGACAGCUUUAGGUCUGUUUGUGCUUCAAGCAAAGCAAUCCGUGAGAUUUUACUCCAAAUCCGAGUUGGCGGCACUCGAUGUAAAGUGCAGUGUGGAGGCUGACGGAGCCGCCAAUCAUCCCAGCAGCGGUCCUGUUGUUGAAUAAUUACACUAACGUCUCACAAUGAAUGUGGUAAUCAUUUACUGAUGUUAAAAAUGAUACAUGUAGCACCCUCAGCAGACAGCACAGUGCUAUCAGAUUUGUUACGAAUGUGACGGAAGGAAGGUGACGGUGAACAAACCAUCAGUUACACACUAAUGAUUCCUGCUGUAGGUAUGAUGUGGCUGUGAAAGGUUGUGUGGGAAGUCAUGGCCUGACAGCCAAAUUGCUCGCUUAGCAGAUUCAGUUUGUGCUUAAAUUUAAAAUUGGACAAUGAGAGCAGACCUCCACAUGUGCUGAAUGUUUAAUGUCUUCUGGUGUGUUUGAAGUGAAGGUGAAAAGAUUUGGACGGUGAUUUGUUGUGGCGAUGUGCAGCCAUAUUUCUUGAUUACAGCUGCUGGGAAAAGAUGGACAUCUUUUUUAUGUGAAAUGAAAACUGUUGCCUUGUGCAGCUUUAACUGCCAAUAUGAACACUGAAAGGCUCUGCCAGUCGGUAUCCUCCAUGAUGAUGCUCUGUGGAACCCAACAGGAUCUGGUGUAGCCUCAAACGCACCUGUCAGCUUCAGUGACGGAUUUCUUUCUGGUGCUUUUAGGCUCAGAUUUACAAGCACAUCCACAGAGGAAUCAAGUGUUUCAUUAGCAUAUCUCUAUUUUUAAAGCUGCAGGUCUUUGUUUUUGACUGUUUGAACGUCUUAGGCGGUGAAUGUCAGUCAGCACAGAACUGAUGAAGGUUUAAAACAACCGCAGCUGCUGGGUUGGGAUUUUUUUCUACGCCAGAAAGAAUUAAAUGAAUGUUCCUUGAUGUUGUUAUGAGACACAAAAGCAUUUCAAAUCCCAGUGAAAGUCAUCUUAUUUAGAUUACUAAUAGGGAGCUGUGAGGUCACUUUGGAGUGGAAGAGUUAAUCUGUCAGGGCCAAAAAUGAUAACGGGUCUCCUGAAGGAAAACCUGACCCCAGUUUUUUCUUUGUUUGUUUGAGAAUUUGAUUCAACAAAAAUUAAUGCCAGAAUAUGUUCCAUGUGAACUCAAACAGGGGUGUUAUUCUACUUACACUUUGGCCAAUCUCCAACCAAAUGCCGUUUGCAGUCAGAUUUAAUCCGUCAUACAUUUUCAUUACUCUUCAGUAUUGUUUUCUUGCUUUAACCCUCAUGUCGUCCUGCGGGUCAAAAUUGACCCGUUUGAAAGUUUGAAAAUGUGGAGAAAAAUAUAGAUUUUCACAGUGAAACUUCUGACGUCCACAUUUUCAACAUUUUUGGGAACUCUUUGAACAUUUUUUGAUGAAAAAAAGAAACGUUAAAAAGAUUUCGUUGGAUUUUGGUUGAUUUUUUUGUGAAUGUUCUUAAAGAAAAUAUUAGAAGUUUUACUGAUAUAUAUGUAAUCACUUUAGAUAUUUUUAAGAUUUUUUUUGAAGAUUUUUACUAAUUUUUUGAAAAUAUUUACAAGAAUUUUCUUGCCACAUUUGGAGGAUUUUUUUUAAAAUAAAACUUUUAGGGAAACUUUCAAGAAAUUAUUGGAAUUUUCUUCCUGAAGGUUUUGCAAAAUUUCUGAGAUUUUUUUUGCUGAAUUUUGGGAUUUUUUUUCAGACAACUUAAUAUUUUUUGGUGCCCGUAAAUGAGGACAACAGGAGGGUUAAACAUACACAGUGUGAAGUUUUCUUUACCUCGCAUUAGGUUUUGCCAUCUCUCCCAACAUUUGUAUUCCCUGUGGCCCACAGACAAAGACACUGCUGUACUCUAAUAUAGGAUUCUAUAUUCUGCAGUAGAGUGCUGUUUGUGCCAUAUUGCAGUUAGAUAACUAGAGGAGCUAAUUAUCUCACUAACUGAGACAGAUUGUCGUCAUGGAACGACAGAGCUGUGCUAUGGUGGAGGCUGUAUAGCUGUGCUUUUGUUACGAUCUUGUUGGCUAGAACACUACAUGCAGCAGAUGUUCAGUGAAGCUCCAGCAGAAACACAUCUGUGGAACCUGACAGGAGCUCCAUGAGUUCAGACACCACGUUGCUCUGUUAGGAUUUCUUGCCUAAUGUUACAGGGAACAGUAAAGAGUGUUUAGUGUACAGCUAUCUUGGACUCACAGCAUCAUAGAUUAGACCACAGAAGUCCGAGCAGGAAUUACACCCACAGCCACAGCUUCGCCCAGCGGAGCAGCUGCAGCUCAACACUAACUGAGAUCAGCCUUUAGGAAUAAAUGCAUAAAGUAAAAAUCUACAUCCCUUCUGCGGUGUCUGCACAGCUUUUCCUAAAAUGGUAGUCUAACAUUCACCGAUCAGCCACAGCAUUCUGACCACUGACAGGUGAAGUGAAGAACAUCCAUCAUCUUGUUUUAAUGCAACGUUUUGCUGGGAAACCUUCAGUCCUGACAUUCAUGUGGAUGUUUAACAUGAACCACAUAUCUAAACCCUGCAGGUCAACAACCCCCCACACUAACAGCAGUCCUUGAUGCCAGUUUUCACCCUCAGCAGGACAAUGAACCCCGACACACCACAAAAACUGCUCAGGAGUGGCCCAGGAUAUCCCCAGAGGUCCUGAGUCCAUGAACCACUGGGUCAGAGGAGUUUUAGCAGCAAUUUUAUACCUUAUCGGUGUAGCUAAAAUAGACCCACAGACGAACUGCUCUUUGAGACUAGAGGGAAUGAAAUAAUAUUGCAAAGAACUGCAGAAUUUAAGACAAAAGAUUUAUAGAAUAGAAUAGAAUAGACUAGAAUAGAAUAGAAUAGAAUAGAAUAGAAUAGCCUUUAUUGUCAUUGUACCGGGUACAACGAGAUUAGGAAUUAUGAGGAAACUAAAAAUUGGUUAAGAAAAAAACCCGCCUUUGGGCUCUAAAAUAGUUUAUAUCUGCUGUUUGUGCAUCACUAGCCCAGCUGUACAGUUAUAACAUGCAGAGAAGUCUCAGAAUCAGGGAGAGAAAUUUCAUUUAUCGCCUCAAACAGUCGUCUAAAAACUACAAGAAAUGAAAAUACAGAUUCCAUUGACCUCACACACACCUUACUUAUUCUCAUUCUCUCCACAUCUCUUCAUUUUCUUUUACAGUUUUGGUCACUGUACCCCUGCAGCUGUCCCUCAGAUCUGCAAUCUCAGUUCACUAAAUCUUCCGUUUUUUACACCGCAGCCUCAAACUCUUUAGCGAAGCUCGACUGCACCACUUUACAAAGACAAACAGCUGUGAGCGCUGCAUGCCAGCUCAACUUAAAGUUCAUCUACAGCUGCCAGCCAGAAGUAAAAAUCAUAGAAAUAUUUCAACUGCAUUUUUAGAAAUAGAAGACUAGAUCAUGUGUUAUUUGACCUCACAGUUUGGUGGCGCCAGAAAAUUACCAAAUUACCAAAAGCAUUCUGUCAUCCAGUUAACUUGGGGUCACUUGAAAGCGCAAAACUGCAAUCAGAAUUAGCUCUAAUUUGAAGCUCACAUUGUGAUAUUCUACAUCAUUUGGACCAGUCCACCCACUUUUCACAUCUGAGCAAUUUAAAGACACGCAGAGGGCGUAUGUGUGAGCAGAGUUCUCACUGAUGCAGUCUCAUAUCGCCUCCUCCUCUUAUUCUCUAUGAGAGAUGGGAACAUGGCUGCAGAUCAGGCGUUCAGAGCCAGUUUUCCCUGCAGCUCCUCAAAGACUUCAGGCAGUUUUUAGUGACUGUCAGCCAACUCUGGCUCUCAGACGGGAUCAUACUCCAGAACUGUGCUGUUGAUUUGAAGCUGACUGUGUCUAGUUACGGAGCAGAGCCAGGGCUAGGCGGUAAUAGAACUACCUGGAUCACCUGUGUGCUGAUCCACACUGCCUAUUUUUACUUGCACUUACAUCACAAUGAUCCUAUGCUCUGGCUGAGGUCUUGUUGUGAAAAGGAUGUUUAAACGGCGCUGUUUGUGUGUUGAUUAAUGUGAACUGUAUGUAAUUUUUAAAAAUAUCUGAAAUGAUUAGCACUCUGCUGUGUACCAUCUGAAAACCUGCAUUCUUUUGGAAUGUGACAUUUUCUAACCUGCUGCUUUUUGUCUGCUGGAGGGUUUUUUUUUUUUUUUUUUGUCAGAGUAACUAAACUUUAAAGCUCAUAAAGUGGACCAAAUGUGAGGAUGAGCCAGAUAGAUGUAUGUACAAAUUUUACUGAUGAAAUAAUCGUUGAUUUCUGCUUGCAUUAAACUGUGGCAAGACAUCUAGUUUCACUGUGAUAUACUCUGGGUAAACGACUAAUCACAUCCUUUGCUGACUUUUGUAAACUCCAGUAAUGUCAGGCCAUAUGCAUAACAAUUUGCUGUUCAUAUCAACGCUGAUCACUGUUAAAGCUUAGUGGUGAUUAACAGCUAAGACCUGGGAUGGAUCGUGGGAACAAUGACUUGUGUAGAAUCUUAUUGUGUGCCAUAUUCCCAAGCCUUGUUGAACCGCAUUAAUGUACAAAUAAAGACUAAACUUGAUGGUGGAA